AGCUGAUCCUUAGUUAUUAAUCUAUUUGCGCGGCGAGUGACAGUUCUCCCGAAGUGAUAAUUGGUGUACUGUAUCUUUAAAAGGUUAAAACCCUUUUCAAAAAGGCCUAGACUCAUAGUGGGAAAAGACAAGAGAGGCUUUGGCUGGCUUUGGAUCCAGAAAACAGCUGCUGAUUAGAGUCUGCGUCUUCAGGCUGAAUUUAUUACAUAUUUUUCAGCAGCAGGGAUUCUAGGAGGAAGCUUCCGUUUGGGUUUCUUGAUCGCCGUUUAUUUUUAUUCAGAGGAAUAACAGAGGAAGGAUUUGUUCCGGCUGGAGCAUGCUCACAACCUGCAAGAUCUCCCAUUAUUAAACUGCCUAGUUUGGGGCUUUAAUGUACAUUUUUUUAUUAUUAUUUUAAUAGCGUUAUUAUUAUUUGGCAGCGUGCAUCCGAUUUUUUUCCCCCUGAUUUAUUUUGAAAGGAAGCUGAUCUCGUAAUGAGCUUUCUCCUUCCUUACUUGAAACAGGUGCUAAUGAAAGAAUGCAAAUAGCACUGGCUGAGCCGAACAUAUCAUAAAGAAGGGAACAGUCACCGAUCCGAAACAGCGGGGGAUCUGCCGGCCGUCACCCAGCAAAGGCUCCCUUUCCUAGGCCACCCUAUGAACACCUGAGUCUCCUUGAAGCUUCAGAGAGAUGAAUCAGUAGCCACCUACCUACAGCCCGGGCAGAAGAUCCCCCUGGAGUCCCAGGGUCCCUACCUCUCACCGGGCAGAGUCAUGGGAGAGCCGCGGCUGCAGUGCGGGGGGCAUGUGCAGACCAUUUCUACAAUUUAUCAAGAUCAUUUUGAAUCCUAAUCCUGGCCUCUGAAGUACUUGCCACCUGUCCCAGCCUGGUAUCAGCAGCAAUUUUAACUGAACUAAAUCCUGGGCAAACAAAAGAGACACACCGUCUAAAUCACAGGAUAUCAAGUCCACUAAAUGUGGGAAAUACUUUUCCAAGGCCUUUGAACUCAAAAGUGGAACAGAAGGAAGACACAGGGGGACAUACACCGUUCAGUGUUAUUUUCCUUGCACAGGAAAAAAAAAGAUCAUUAUGAGAUGAGCACUAAAGUUUCAAGCUUUCAAAGGUUUGCAUAACAAACAAGAGACACAUUGUGGGUUGCAUCUUGACUUUGAAGGCUUGCCACUGUCAACUGAAAUAAAAUGGCAAGGUUUAAAGCCUUAACCAAGUUCACAAGGAAAAUAUUUGGACUAAAAGUUUUGGAAAGUUUUCUCUCUUUGAAGUAGUUUGUCAUGUGUUACCAAUGUGAACUUUAUUGACCUUGAAACAUUUUUUUUUGAAUCAAAUAGCAACUAGUGACACUUUAGUAAAAUCUUAAAUCAACAACCAUCCCCUGGCGGCUCCAGCUUCGUAGCAAAUGCAGGCAGAACAGGGAAUCUACAGAAGAGACCUUUAUUAUUCGUAAAUGAAGCCUGCCAAAACCUUCCCAAAAUAGCAUUCAAAGACCCUUUUAAGGUCAUGGAUCCUGAACAAAGCCAGAAGAGCACAAAAAAGGCUGAGGAAAGUCCAAGAAAGAGGCUUCCCAAAGGAGAGGCUUUCCAAGCCAGUAUUUCAUCUGCAGCUACGUAUCAGGGCAGCUCUGCUUCUUCACAAGGACCCCCUCUCCGAGAUAUCAUAUCGCAGCAGCACUUUUCUGGCUCUUUGCCGAUUCCAAGAGAGGAAUCUCAGGAGAAGACUGGACAUCAGAAGCAACCUAAGCCUUCCUCUUUUGAACAUCCACCCCACGUUUCACAGCUUCAGCAACACGCACUGUCACCAGCAUUUAUGUCUCCUGGGAAACCAGAGCAUGUCCUUGAAGGGCCCACAUGGCAGCUAGUCGAUCCAGUAAGACCAGGUCCCUCUGGCUCCUUUUCGUCACCCGGGCUUCAUUCUCACCACAGCCAGCUCUUACCUUCCCAUUCACCAGUCAUUCCUGGAGAGGACAUGCCGUCCGUUCAAAAGGUCUAUAUCCCUCGCCCUUCACAGGUUUCUUUAAAGCAAGCUGAGGAAGUGCACAAGAAGGAAAAGAAACCUCAGAAGCCAGGCAAAUAUAUUUGCCAGUACUGCAGCAGGCCUUGUGCAAAGCCAAGUGUGCUCCAAAAACAUAUCAGAUCACACACGGGUGAGAGGCCAUACCCUUGCAUUCCAUGUGGCUUUUCUUUUAAGACUAAGAGCAAUUUGUAUAAGCAUAGGAAGUCUCAUGCUCACAGAAUAAAAGCUGGGCUGGCCUCAGGAAUUGGAGCGGAGAUGUAUCCGUCUAGCUUGGAAAUGGAAAGGAUUGGUGGGGAGGACUUUGAAGAGCCAACAGAAGGAGAAAGCACAGAUUCAGAGGAGGAAACAGGUGCAAUGUCAGGCCAUUCAGUAGAGCUCUCACCCAGGCAAAAGCACAGCCUGUUGUCCAGUACUUUGUUGAGUGCAGGAAGCCAAGGCUCCAGCCAUGACCGGUGUUCAUCAUUGUCUCAUUCUAGUAUGUCUCAGUCUCUUGAGGACAGCACCCAGUUUGUGGAGCCAUCAUCAGACCAUGCUCUGAGCCAUAAAUCUGAAGAUUCUCAUACUAUAAAACAGAAGCUUGCACUCCGCUUAAGUGAACGCAAGAAGGUUAUAGAUGAACAAGCUUUCCUGAGCCCUGGGAGCAAAGGGAGUACCGAGUCAGGCUACUUCUCGAGAUCAGAAAGUGCAGAGCAGCAGAUCAGCCCGCCAAAUACUAAUGCAAAAUCUUACGCAGAAAUUAUUUUUGGGAAAUGUGGUAGAAUUGGGCAAAGGACUGCAAUGUUAGGUACAAACACAACCCAGGGGGUUCCACACCUGUCUACUGAAGAGAAACCUAGUAUAGUACCGUUAUCUGUGCCUAGAACACAGGUUAUUGAACACAUCACUAAGCUAAUUACAAUUAAUGAAGCUGUUGUAGAUACCAGUGAAAUAGAUAGUGUUAAGCCUAGAAGAAGCUCUUUAUCUAGACGUAGUAGCAUCGAAUCUCCAAAGUCUGGUGUAUAUAGAGAACCGUUUCAGUUUGACAUCAAGUCUGGUUCCAGUAGCCAGUUGGAUGCAUCGAAAGUGUUGACAUCACAUGGUGAAAAAAUUAAGCCCGAACAAUCAUUGUUGUCACUUCAGCAAUCCCACAGUGCCACAGAGACAGUGCCUCUCCUAAGAAGCCACUCAAUGCCUUCUGCUGCAUGCACUAUAAGCUCCCCACACACCUUUAGAGGUAGCUAUUCAUUUGAUGAUCACAUCAUGGAGCCUGAAGUCUUAAGCCGCAGUCAAGUGUUUUCUUCCCAUCCUCGAAUGCUAAAACGACAACCAGCUAUUGAGCUACCUUUGGGAGUAGAAUAUGUCUCAGAGGAGGUUAGCUCUGUGAACAAAGAAACUGUUUCCAAACCUCCUGAGGAGCCUGAAACCAAGGAAAGCGAUCUUACCAAAAAGUCUCGGAAGGGUCCGAAAGUUAAAGGGUUCAUGUAUGAGUGUAACAUAUGUGGUGCUCGGUAUAAGAAAAGGGAUAAUUAUGAAGCCCAUAAGAAAUAUUACUGUUCAGAACUGCAGCUCUCAAAGCCUCGUUCUUCCAGUUCCCAUACCUCUUCAGAGACUGAGAAAAGUGUUGUGGAGCCUGACACGUGGCCCCAGAUGAUGCAUUACAAGCUCGGGAGCAGUUUGGAGCUUACCCCGCUACGAAAAAGGCGGAAAGAAAAGAGUCUCGGUGAUGAUGAAGACCCUCCAGCUUUUGAACUGUCUGACACUCCCUCCUCCAGUACUGGGCCAGGGACUCAGUUUGCAAACCCAGCAUCAUCUGAUGUUGCUUUAAACUUAACCUGUGAAUCCAUUAAGUCACCAGCAGAUCCAGGUAAAUCCGCACCUUCUGAUGUUAGUGCCAGCUUUCAUUCCAGGAAUACCAAAACGGCUUCGAGUACAGAGAGCAAAGAGAGAAGAACAACUUCAAAGGAGAUCUCUGUCAUCCAGCAUACAAGUUCCUUUGAGAAGUCUGAUUCUAUAGAACAGGUGAGCAGCUUAGAGGGAGAAGAGAAACCUUUGUCACAGUACUCAUCUCAGCCAAUAACACAGCAAAGCCGGCCACCUCAUUCCCUGCAGCCCAAGCUGGUACGCCAGCCCAACAUCCAGGUCCCAGAGAUUCUGGUCACUGAAGAGCCUGACAGACCAGAAACGGAACCGGAGCCUCCUCCAAAAGAGCCAGAAAAAACGGAGGAAUUUCAGUGGCCACAGAGAAGCCAAACCCUUUCUCAGCUCCCUGCAGAGAAACUCCCACCAAAAAAGAAGAGGCUGCGGCUAGCAGAAAUGGCUCAGUCCUCUGGAGAGUCCAGUUUUGAAUCAGUCUCUCUUACUAGAAGCCCAAGUCAGGAAAGCAGCAUAUCCCAUGGCUCCAGCCAUUCUGUGUCGUUUGAUCGUGAAGAACACAGUAAGUCAGAGGCAACCAGUCAGCCCUCUGAAUCCCACACAAAGCCUCUUGGUGUUGGCUCACAUAUGUUGAUGGUACCAAGCCACCACCAUCAUUCCAGAGAAAUGCGAAGAUCUGCUUCUGAGCAGACACCAAAUGUGUCCCAUUCUUCCCAGAUGUCAGAGACCCGCAGUAAGUCGUUUGACUACGGGAGCUUGUCAUCCACUCCUGCCUCAACACCUGGUCCAUCAACCUCCUCAGCUCCACAGGAGAGAAGAAAAUGCUUUCUAGUUAGGCAGGCAUCUCUCACUAGACAUCCAGAGCAUGAGCCAGACUUGGCUCCAAAAGGUCGGCAAGAGACAGAAGAUCCAAUUCCAUCUUCUUCAAGUAAAUCUCCUGCUACAAGUUUGCCCCAUCAGCCAACAUCUUCAUCCUCUUUGCCCUCCCACGGUACUUACCCAGCUGAUAAGAGUCAGCCCAAAGACAGCCCUCAGCCAGCAUAUACGCAGCCAUACACAGAAGCUCUGCAAGUCUUUCAUCAUCCUGUACCACAACUAACACUGCAUGAAAAGCAGUACAUGUCCCCACAAGUUUCUAUCUUUCCCUACCAGCAUCUCCUGCCACAGCCAGGGCAGUCUGCCGAGCUCUUUGCCUCACACACUAUGUCUGACAUCCUCUCUGCUCAGUUCACCAUGCCUCAGAUUCCUCCCUCUAUAUUUCAGACCCCGCCGCUUCCUCUCCAGCAAACACUCAUCCACCCAGGUCAGCUUCAUGUUACUACUCCAUUAAUGUCUCACCCUGCCGACGUGCCAUUCAGGCAGCAUCCGUCGUUCUUACCGGUGCAUUACCCUGGCUCCUCACCGAUCCCUUCUGCCUUUUUUCUGCCUCUUCAGUCUCAGUUCGCUCUCCAGUUGCCAGGUGAAGCUGGUGGACAUUUACCGCAGAUCAAAUCCAGUUUAUUCCCAGCAGCAGGAACCUCCAGUCUUUCCCCGUGCACAGAAUACGGCUCAGACAAUAGGUUGCAUCCUCUGACCUGCACAGCAAGCCCUUCGGUGUCUGUAUCCACAUCUCAGCUGGUUGUACCUACACGGUCAGACCCAAUGGUGUCGCUUGUUGUCCCUGUUCGCAUACAGACAAAUAUGCCGUCCUAUGGGAGUGCAAUGUACACAACGCUUUCCCAGAUUCUGGUCACUCAAUCCCAGUGCAGUUCCUCUUCUAUUGUUCUCCCAAAAUUUGAUGAUCACCAGUCCAAGGGUACCCUGGUUUGUAGUGCUGAUGUUCAUGGACUGGGUUUUGAUCUGGCACGGAUGAUCACAGAAGAUCAAAGAAGCAUCUUCCAGAGCCCCUAUCUGAGAGUGCCCUUACCCUUACCAGAACGAAAAGGCUAUAUGCCACUCACUUCCCCAUCAGACAGCGUCCUGGGAUUGGAAGGAGGCCCAUCAACAGUCGGUGGAAGCAAACGGAUGCUCUCUCCAGCUGGUAGUUUGGAGCUGACAAUGGAAACACAACAGCAGAAAAGAGUGAAAGAGGAGGAAGUGUCUGAAGCAGAAGAGAAGUUGGAAGUGGUGAAGCCACCCAGUGCAAUAGAGGAAGGGAAAAAGCAGGAUAAAUCUCACUUUCUUGCAGAAAGCCAAGGCAGGGUUGAGGUUGAAACACCACCUAGUUUGUCCUCAGACCAGUCAGAGCCAAAGGAAAUCCCAAGUACUUUGCAGCAAGCUGUGUCCCAUUCAGGUUCUUCAAGUUUUGAGACACUGGAAGAGUAUAAACAGCCAGCUGGCAAGCAAUUCCUCAGCAAGGCACCUUUGCAAACCGUGAAGAAAGAAGAUCCCAAAGAGCUGGUGGAGCCCUCUCCACCAAAGCCUCCAAGCCCUGCACCUCAGUCUGAGGUUACUCACAGUGCAAUGAAGUCUCGAGAAGGUACAGAUAUGAAGAAGGUACUUCAAUUCCCUAGUCUCCACACAACCACUAAUGUCAGUUGGUGCUAUUUAAACUACAUAAAGCCAAAUCACAUCCAGCAAGUCGAUCGACGGUCCUCAGUGUAUGCCAGCUGGUGUAUUAGCUUGUAUAAUCCUAACCUUCCUGGUAUAUCCACUAAGGCAGCCCUGUCCCUCCUGAGGUCCAAGCAGAAGGUGAGCAAGGAAACCUACACCAUGGCUACAGCUCCACGUCCAGAGGCAGGCAGGCUUGUCCCGUCCAGCUCCCGGAAGCCAAAAAUGACAGAGGUUCAUUUGCCUUCGCUCCUUUCUAAUGAAGGUCGAAAAGAUAUAACUAGAGCUGAGAAGGAAGAGGAUAAAAGAGGAAAAUCAGAAGAAGAGGCUCUUGUAACCAAAAGAGGGGAGCCAGUCAGGAUCAAGAUCUUUGAAGGAGGGUACAAAUCAAACGAAGAGUAUGUGUAUGUGCGAGGCCGUGGAAGAGGGAAGUAUGUAUGUGAGGAGUGUGGAAUUCGCUGCAAGAAACCCAGCAUGCUGAAGAAACACAUUCGCACGCACACAGACGUCAGGCCAUAUGUCUGCAAGUACUGUAACUUUGCUUUUAAAACCAAAGGGAAUCUGACUAAACAUAUGAAGUCAAAGGCCCACAGCAAAAAAUGUCAGGAGAUGGGCGUGUUGGUAUCUUCACUGGUGGAUCUGGAAGCCGAAGAAGGAACCAGUGAAGACCUAUUCCAGGACUCUGAGGGGCGGGAGGGAUCUGAGCCAAUUGAGGAACACCAGUUUUCAGACCUAGAGGAAUCUGAUGAUGAUGAUGACAAUGAAGAUGAUGAAGAUGAGGAGGAAGAGGAGAGCCAAGAUGAGCCACCUUUAAAGUUGCCAGAAGUCACACAUACCGCCCUCCCAAUGCACUCUUCAGGUGGCUCUCUGUCUUCUCAAGAGGAAAGCACCGAAACAGCAUUGUCCUUAGCCCAAGAAACUGUUUCCGGCAGCCCACAAGUAGGUGAAGGCCACCAGGCCUCCUCCUCAGGGCUUGAAACAAAGUGGUCAGCAGACAGCAGUGACAUUGCUGUGUGCCAUAGCUUCUUGAGUCUCCGCAGACCAGCUUUGACCUCCACGGAACAAUUGGCUUCUGCUGAAAGAGAGUCUGUCACAAGGCCACAGAUGUCCUUAGCUAUGGACCUGUCAACCUCAAAAGACACCUCCCCAAGGAAAAGGUGGUCUCCGAGCCAGGACUCUGGCAGAGGUGGUGGCAGCAGCAGACCAAUGCUAGCAAGAAAGCACCUAUUAACCAAAAAUGAAACUUCGCCGAAACGGUUUUCGCCAACUGGAGAACUGUCUUCUCUAAGGUGCCUGUCUCCAGGGAGAGGGUUGUCUCCUUGCCAGCGUGUCUCUCCCAGGAGGGAAGCAUCUCCACUGAGGUGUGCGUCACCAAGACUUGAGCUGUCGCCUAGCAGGCAUCUUUCCCCAAGAAGAGAGUUGUCCCCGAGAACAUACCUUCCACCAGAAGGAGAAGUCUCCCCUGUGAGGCAUUCGUCUCCGAGCAGAGAGAUGUCAUCAGUCAGAUAUAUAUCUCUGAAGAAAAUGUUGUCUCCAGGCUGUUCAGAGUCACCUAGGUAUCCAUCCCCUGGGAAAGAGGACUUGCCUGGUACUAGCAAAUCAGCAGCAGAUGACAAAGUUCAAAGCUCAUAUAAAGCCCAGCAUGGAAUAUUAUCUUCAAUGCCUCUACCUCACAGGUUCUUUGGCAAAAACAUACAGCUCUAUGAGUCCAAGCUGAAGAUAGAACCCAGAAGCCCAACAUGCUCACCUGGCGUCACGCAGCCCAUCUGCUCCAGACCCUUGCAGGCACCUCAUGAAAUACACAUCCAUGCUCCCAGUCGAGGGGAGGAGAAUGUCUUCAGCCAUCUCCCGUUGCAUUCACAGCAGCUAACGAGGACCCCGUAUCCUAUGAUUCCCAUUGGGGGCAUCCAGAUGGUUCAGGCAAGGCCAAGUACCCAUCCCAGUUUGGUGCCCAGUUCAGUUGUGUCUCUGCAAGCAGGAUAUUUUGCAUCUGGCGGCAGCAGCUUUGCAGAGUUCAGCCAGACUCACGAAGGGGACGAGGAACCGCAGGUCCCGCGAGAAUCUUCAUCGGCAUCAGUCUCCCCAGUUGCAAAGGUCUCUAAAUACACAUUGUCCCCAGAGCUUACGAGCAGUGGUUACUUAGAAGAGAAAAUGAGGACUAGUGAGCUUCAGCAAAAGACAGACCAGGAGGAAUACAGGGUAAAAAUGUUCGCUGAGUCUAGCCACUCGGAGCAGGCCGGCUGCUCGGCUCCCCCAGACAGCCCCAGCACAAAUUACGAGCACUCUCCAAAGCCUUCAACAAGUGGGGAAGAACCCUUGAAAAAAACGGGCAAGAAGCAAUGUGGCAGCUCAAGCACUUCUUUCGAAUCAUCCUGCACUUUCAUCUCAGAUCUCCCCUCCCAGCCGCUGGACAGAAGCAGCAGCACCGGCUGCCUCUCCGAGCCCUCAUCGAGCCAUUCGCACUCCCACCAGCUCUCCGUCAGGAGGAGAAACCUCUCCGGAGAGCCCAGUCACCAAGGGGGAACCUACAGGAAGAGCAGUCCACACUUAGAGCACGCAGAUUUAGGUCAAACUCAAAGACAGGUGGAUGAAAAUACGGGAAGUACUUAAGCCUCCACCAUCAGUUCCACCUUUAGGCUUCCUAUGUAAAAUCAACAGACAUUUUCAACACUAUUUCCUUUAGUAUAAUCAUCGCUAUAAGAAGCACUCUAGUGAAUGACCAAACCCAUGGAAGAUUCCUGGUUUUCUUUGUCCCAGUCUGGUAUUAUCUCCACAUGUAUGCAGUUACUUGUGCCUUUUUCUAUACCUUUUGUUGCUUGAAAUGUACAAAAAUGUUUGAGGCUGUGAAUAUUUUUUUAGAGUUUUUUGGAAAGGGGUUUGUUAGACCUUGUCUUUUUUGCCAUUUAGGUGUGCGUUAUUAUGGGCCUGAGAGAUGCAGAAAGGAAAGGGUUAAGCAUUUUAAGAGGAAGAAGAUGCACUGAAAACAAAAACAGAAAAAAACUUUUUUAUAUUGAUUAAAUGAUUAAAAAAAAAAACAAACCCUUGCUCCUGUGUACAGAAGUUUAUGAUUCGUAUUUAUUACCUGCUUUAUUUAAUUCUCGCAAAGUGCUUGUUUUUUUUUCUCGCAUCCCUCUGAUUGCCUAUCGUUGUGCUUUAAACAGUUGAGACUGCUUUACAUUUGAAAAAAAACGUGUUUACCCUGAAUUCGUAAAUGAAACUAGCACUUCCUUUAGGAGGGGAGGUUCGUUCGCAGCAAGAGAAAUUGUAACACGAAAAAAUGAAUCUUGAGUAUCCCUCCCUCCUGCGGAACCCAUCACAGCACUUUUUUUUGUUUUUUUAAAAAAAGGGACAAAAAUGGUUCUUCUUCAAAGAUUUAACUGCAAGAACAUAGGAAUGUAUCGAAUGUAGACCCAGUGCUAGGAGCGGUGUCUCGCUAGAAGAGCCGUCCUCGCGCUUGCUUUAACCCGACAUUGCACGCCUGCUGCCCGGCGCACGGCGUGCCGCGAGGCCCCGCGCAUCGCCCCUGCAAAGUCAUGCCUGUGCCUGAGAGCCCCUCUUCUCUGGGGUCUGGAAGCCCUCUGUGAACACCCUUGCUUGGUGUCAAAGUGGAAGUAAACUCCCAGCCUUGCAACCGGUUUUCUCCGUUUUGGGGGUUUUUUUUUAGUUUUGGACAAGCUGCCCCCAGCGCAUCCCUGCUUGGUCCUGGCUGUUGGUUUCGCUAAGCUGUGGGGAUGCCGGGGUAGCGUGUGCUCUGCUCAUUUGCACGCCUGCGGCUCUGCAACUCACAAGUGACUCUGUGUCUUAUUUUAUUUUUAUUUAUUUAUUUAAAACAGAACGUCGCAAAUGUAGUCCUUAUUGUGCAGAUGGGCCCUUUUUGGUGUUUUGGAUGAAAAAGUUACAAUGCCGAAUGGUUAGUGUUUGAAAUCAGCUUGUUAUGCAUGCACAGUAACUUUUUCCAGAGCAAAUUUUUAAGUACGACCAUCCUUAGCGGAGCAAUGGCCUCUACUGCCAAUAGAUAUGAUACCAAAUACAGAGAGACACAAUGGAGCCAUUCCUCUCUGUCACGUUAACACACUUUUUAAAAUAAAAAUGUUCGAUACAUGUUUGCCCUAAUAGACAGCAGGCUCUUUACUACUUCAGAGGGUUUUCUGGUCUAUGGAAUCUGUACAAAUACUUUUUUAUUUUAACAAAAAAAAAAAAAAGAUAUAAAUAUUUAACCAGUGGACCAGUUCUUUCUUCUUUCAGAGCUGUUCCAGUUUAUCGGGUACGUAAUACACUUUUUAAAAAAAUAAAAAAUAAAAAAAAUAAAUAAAAGAAAUCAAAUAAAAUCCUGAAUGAGAACAUAUUUCCUUGCCAGACUUGAUGAGCUAUGAACUGUUCCCGUUUCACGGGCAAAUAAUAUAGAUUUUUUAAUAAUCUUCUGUGAUUUUUUUUUCUUUUCUUGUGAAGGGAAUUAAGUACAAAAGAAGAUAUCAUGGAAAUAACAUUAAGGUUGUGACACUGACCAAAACAAUAUCCAGAACCCAUUUAUACCUUAAUUAGCACUUUUAUCAAGUUUCUCCUUUUCCGAUUUCCCCCUCUUUGGCCCCAAGCCUGCAAGCAGGUCCUGCUUUCAAACCCAGCCAGAUCCCAUGGCAGGAGCAGGGUCUGUGAGUUCAAUUCAGCAUAGAAGCUCCAUUCAGUAAAACUCAUAAGCACUAGCUUAAAUCCUACUCAUUUUAAUAGGAUUUAAGCAUAUGCUUAACUAUUGUGAUGACUGGGGGUGGACAGUUGAACCAGGGUCUGCCUGAGCAUCCCUGGAAACCAUCCACCUCUCCAAAUCUAGUGACAGCUGUGAAUUUCCUGGCUUCUGCCACUUUUCUGCCCCUUACCCUUGUCACACUCUUAACAUUUUUCCAAGGUAGCUUUUGUAUUUAAUUUUUUUUUAUACAUAUAUAUAUAUAUAUAUAUAUAUUGAACCUGUACAUAAAGAAAGAUAAUGCAGCAGUUGUGCACUCAGCAUCCUGGUUUUCUUAGGUGCGUUUGACAUUAGCUUUGGGCUAGAUCAAAUUUGCUCGACUUCCUUUCGUAACUGUGUUUUAAUCCCUGACCUGUCGAUACUUGGCACGGUUGUUCCCCCAUGCAACACACCCCGUUUUGGGGGGAUUUUCUUUUCCUUCUUUUUUUUCCAGAAGCUCAAGACGAGUCGAGGUCUCCGCAUCCGUGCUGCAAUGCGCCCACCCCGAGGUGGUCUGGGGCUGGCGGCGGAGAGGACAGGACAGGACAGGACAGGGCCGUGCAGCCGUGCCCCGCUCGCGUCCCCUCCUCACCACGUUGCAGCCGCGGUGGCGGCUGAGCGGGCGCAUGCGGGGACUGCUGAUAACUCCGGAGAAGGGCAAAAAAAAAUAAAAAAAAAACGGGCCAGGGUUAGACCCGGUUUGGGUUCUCAGCGGAGCGGCUGCCGGCACGGCUGGGAGAAGCGCUGCUGGGGUGAAAUGGUGCUUCACGCUAUAGCUACUGGGGGCAAUACGGCCUAUCGACUAGGCAAAGAGGACCACAAAAGCUGAGGGACACUUAAGGGCUAAUUCUCACACCGGCAGCUCGGAGCUCCCAGGGACGGGCGUCCCCCGCGCAGGCACCGGCACCUCUCCCGCUGCGCGCCCCAUCCCAGCCCCGCUGCGGAGCUGCGGCCUCGCCUUGAGCAAAGCACCUCCGCCCUCCGCGCCGUGCCCAGCCAGGCAGCAAAGCGGUGCAGCUCGACUUCGAGCAUGGUUGCACCCAUUUACGGUGGGGCUGAAGACCCGGCUACUACUGGUGGCUGCGUUUUCACUUUUGAGCACCCACUGGUCGCUGUUUUGUAGGAGUGAGUGCCACGCUUGGCGAGAGCUGCUUGCAGGUCACGGCUUUUAAUAUCACUCCGGGUGUCUGUUCUGUCCGAAAAAUACUGAUACUAAAGCCUAAUUUGCCUUCCACGGGUGCCGCAGGGGUGGAUAAGUUUGUUUCUGUCCAGACACUUUGCAGAGGCAGUUAGCAGUAUUAUUUUGCAACAGAAUGUAUUAAUAAUGCAAACAGGCAAAUGAAAAACCAAAGCUCAGUCCUUCCUUUGCAUCAGCAGGUGAAAAGAAGACCUGCUUUUCUUAUGGCAGAGGUUCUUAAUUUAUAGUCCAUGAAGGCACGUGGCCUCCAGAGACUGGCUGCUCCUUUUUUGUUACGUAGCUGGUUAAUCAGCCAAAACCUUCUUCUGAUAUUCCCUUCCCUGGUAAGCUAGUUGUGUAGCUCCCCAUGAAUGCAGGUCCUCAAUGGCAAACGGAUGCUCUGGCGUCCAAGAAAUCAUUUUGCAAGGAGGACUUGGCUCACGCUGUUAAAUAACUCUGUGAAGCCGUCACGUUAAGUACCAAGCCUUAUACCCAGAGCUAAUAAAGCACUUAUAUGUGGGUUUAAGCCUAACGUUUCAGGAGUUUCAGUAACUUCUUUGUGCUUAAAGCUAAGCAUGAAUUUAGCUUCUUUUAUCAAGGUUACAGAGCUCAGCGUUUUGCAGGACUGAGCAGACCGCGGGAGGAGGAGGAGAGGGAGCAGCUGGCUCCCAAACACGACCCAGUGCCUUGAAGUAGAUCUCUGUCAACUCUAAUUAUUCACAGGUUGUUGGCUAGAUACCCAAGAAUUGCAACAGGAAACUCUUAAAAGUAAUGAUGAAGUAGCUGUGACUUUACAGCUUAGGACUGGGAAAUGUAUUUCACCACCUGCUCCUAAGGGUGACAUUUUCCAGCCGGGUGUCUGUGAAGUUAUCCUCCUCCCUCGGUGCUCGGGGCCCUGCUGAUAAAAGCAAUGGGUUUGUCAAAAAUGCUGCCCGAGCCCUGUCGGAGCCGACAGGGCCUGCGAGUUCUCCGAGGCCCUAGAGAUGGAUGUGGCAGGUCGCUGCAGGCAGCGCUGGGUGCCCAGUUCCUACUUGCAGCCAACCAGAGUGAAGCGUCUCAGCACUCUUCCUACCUUCGAACAUCAGCUCCAUCGGAGUCACGCUUUAGACACGGCUGGACGGCUUCCCUGUCAUUUUGAAAUAAACCUCCACCAAAAAAAAAAAAAAAAAAAAAACAAAAAAAACACAAAAGAGUUGGUUUUACCUUAAGCCAUCUUUCACUUAACCCAUUUUUUCUUUUAAAUUUGCAAAACUAGCAUCUGAAAAAGCAAUAUACUUGGUCACACGGAAUUCAUUAAAAUUAUUCCAAUUUUUAUGCAAAAUCCUAAACAGUUUGAUCUAGCCCUUUUCUGGUGUUCUUGCAAUAGUUUUUUUCUUUUGCUGACUUGGUUUCAUCAUGUGCUUUUCUUUUUUUUAAUAUCUCCAUCUAUUGCACAGUAUUUACAAAUAAAAGCAUAUUGUAAAUUAUUUACAAAAAAAUAAAAAAAAUCAAAAAAAUCAGUCCUGAUGGCAUAAAACCAAUCUGUUUUCAUUACUGAGAUAUGAUGGCACUUACGAUCACUUUAGUAAAUGUAAUGUAAAAAAUAAUAAUAAUAAUAAUGUGUACGCAAAUUUAAUAUACAUGGUCUCAUGUAAGAUAAAUAUUUGCCUUUUUUUCUAAAAGGUGUAUGUAUUCUGUAAGUGGAAUAGUCUGUAGAAAGUUUCUAUAUGUUCUUAAAAUGGCAAUACAUUCCAAAAAAGGUACUGUAAAUAUGUACAGCGUACAAUGUAAUUUGGUAGUUUUGCCUGUAAUUUUAUUUUAACUCCAGUUUCUACACUUGCAUCUUGCAAUGUCUGUAUGGUUAUAUCAGUGCAAAAAAAAUGCAGGUAAAAAGCACAGUCUGAUGUAAAAAACAAAAAACAAACAAAAAAACAAAAAAAAACAAAAAGAAGAAGAAAAAAAUACUCAGUAUUUGAUGUUUGUGACCCUUAUUGUAAAUGACAUCUGUACUGUGAAUGAGAAGUUUUUACAAGUAUAAUAUUGCCUUUACUACAGCUCAGCCUGUCUGCUCAGUCUGAGCAUAUUUUUAAAAAAAUAGCAUGUUGGAAUAAAUUUUAAAGUCCCAACAUAUUA